AUGUUGCUCGACGAAGAUCCCGGGACUUUGAUCCACCACACAAUCGGCAAUUUCAACAUCCACCCGGAUAAACAAGCCGUUACACGCAUCAAUGACUCGCUUUCAACUCUCCAGCAGGCGCGUGACCUGCGCAUUCGCGAGGCUGAAUCGGCCAUGCGAAAGCUGUCGCGUCAUCUGAAUUCUCUUUCGACACAACACGAGGAAGCCGUGGCAGUGCACGAUUCAGGCAAACACGCGGCCGAGAUUGUCGAGUUGGACACCAAGAAGUUCCGCAUUGCCAAGGCCGCAUCGGAAUUGGAGAUUGAAAGUGAACGACUGGAAAGCGAACUGGAAAUGCUGAAAGAGAGGCUGGCCGAUCUCGAGUCCCAGGGCUUGGAGGGCGAUGAGACGACCCGGCGCGAGCGUGAGGCGGACGACGCAACAAUCCUGCGCCUCAAGGUCUUCCGUUCCUUGGGUGUCGACAUCGAGCCUGAUGAUGCAGGCAACUUCAAUCGGGCGGUUAUUCGAAACAGUCGCAAGGGUGAUGUUCACGUCGUCAAUAUCGACCCUAAGUUCUCGCGCUUCUUCUACGCAAACUACUUUUGGUCAACGAUGCAGGGAUGA